AGAACUUAGUUAAAAAGCAGAAAAGGAAGUGGUGUUCAAAAUUAAAAAGCUGGUUGUUUAAAAAUAAAAGUUAACAUAGAUAAACCACACUUCAGCCUAAUGUUUUUAGUCUGCCUGGAUUGCCAUAACAAAACACCAUACACUGCUUAAACAACAGAAAGUGAUUUCUCUUAAUUUUGGAGGCUAGAAGUCCAAGAUCAAGGUACUAGAUAAUUUGUUUCUUGGUAAGGAUUCUUUUUGGUUACAGAUGGCUGCUUCUCACUUGUGUCUUCACAUAGCAGAGAAGAGAACUCUGGAGUCUCUUCCUCUUCUUAGGGCACUGGCCCUAUCAGAUUAUGACCUUGUUUAACCUUAUUAGGUCUUCAUGAGUCCUGUCUCCAAAUAUAGUCACAUUGGAAAUUAGGGCUUCAGCUUACAAAUCUUGAGGGGAGACAUUCAGUUCAUAACAUUAACUAAAGCUAAAAGGUCUGGACAACACAUAUAUCAAAAGAAGUAGGAAAAGCAGAGUAGCUUCAGGUAUGGGAAAAAAUGAAAGAAAAAAAUCACAGGCCAGUGUUGCAUACACUCAAGUUUAAAUUCUGAAAGACAUGGACAGUAUUUUAAGAAAAUAUAACACCUCAAGACUGACUUUGGAAGCAGUAAAAAUCAGGAAAUAACCAGUCCAUGUUGUUUGGAAUAUAACAAACAAGGAAUGCUAGACCAUGGUACCCUGGAUGCUAUAGUGACUCCCUCUCUCAGACAGCUGAGGCCUUGGCUUCUUUGCCAUCAGAAGCCUGGAAGGUAUGAGGAGCCAGCCUGGUAUCUCACUUGCAGCCCAGCAUCCUCAUCGUAAUGCUGGACUGGGCAGGAGCCUAACUUCCAAGAUCUGUACAGAGAUAUCAGGACUCUUGAGGGCUCUCAGCUGUAUGGGGGAACAGGCACAUGGGAGAGAGUGGCUGUACCUUUCUCCACGAACUGCCUCCCUGGGGCCUGACUCUCAGGCCUCUGUACUGGGGCUACAGCCCCUUUAUCUUGGCUUCUCUUGUUGUAAAAUAGAAGGGGAAGCUCGUUUAGAGAAAGACAAAUAAGCCUAAGACCUUGGGAAUGUUCUAUCCCUUGAGCUGAACUGUUGCUACACGAGUCUUUGUUUUAGUAUUCUUCAGGCUCUACCUGCAUUUUAUGUACACAAUUUUGUGUGUACAGUAUAUGUCAAAAUUGUAAAAAUACCAGAGUUCCUGGCAGUGAGCAUCGAUGUCAUGGCUGGGAGGACCCCUGGGCACAGAACCAUUGAACAGAUCACUCCUUUCUUACCAUGGCAGGUAGCUCUGCUCGCAUCUCUUGUCUGUAUGCUGGCUGCCUGCGUCUCAAACCUUCUGUGAGGGGCUAUAUGUUUCCUGGUGGGGGUGACUUGUCCUAUACUUGUUCCCCUGUUUUCCCCCAGCUCCAGUCCUCCUCUGAGAGGGAGACCAGAUGAUGGCAGCCAUGCUCCUGACAUCCUGGCCCCAGAAGUCGGUGACCUUCGAGGACGUGGCUGUGUACUUCACCCAGACAGAGUGGGACAGCCUGUCCACUGCACAGAGGGCCCUGUACAGGGAUGUGAUGCUGGAGAAUUAUGGGAAUGUGGCUUCCCUGGGAUUUCCGCUUCUCAAACCUGCUGUGAUCUCACAACUGGAGGGAGGAGGUGAGCUUGAGGGCCCAUCUCCACUGGCCUCUGGAGCAGGCACAGGCCCCCAGGGCCUCUGGACUGAUAUUGAUAUCCAGACUGACAAUAAUUUGACAGAAGAAAUGAAUGAAGAAAAAUAUAAUACAUCAUAUAAACUUCAGAGGAACUCUUUUCAGGAAACAGAUUUUACAGAAACCUAUAUUCUAAAGAAACAGCAGGAGGUCCACUCAGUAGGAAGUGAAGUGAAGAAAGAAAACAGCAAUGUCAUUGACAGGAUGGUGAAAGACAAUACUAGCCCCAUGGAGGAGUGUUUGUUUAGUCAGAGUCCAAAUUUGAAUCAGUGUCAUACCAUCUCCACUGGAGAGCAGCCCCCUGAGUGUACAAGACUGGAGAAAGCCUUCAGCUUUGACACAAAACUUAUUCAACAGGAAAUAAUUAAUGCUGGGGAAAGACCUUUCAAAUGUGAAGAAUUAAUGGAAAACUUUAGCUGUAACUCUCAACUUAAUCAGGGUCAAGAUAGCUACACUGGGGAGAAGCCCCAUCAGUAUAAGGAGUGUGGCAAAGCCUUUAACAUCAAUGCAAAAUUAAUUUGGCAUCAAAGACUUCACAGUGGGGAGAAGCCCUUCAAAUGUGUAGAGUGCGGUAAAAGCUUCAGUUACAGUUCCCAUUAUAUUACACAUCAGACAAUCCACAGUGGGGAGAAGCCCUAUCAGUGUAAGGUGUGUGGAAAAGCCUUCAGUGUUAAUGGGAGUCUAAGUAGGCAUCAGAGAAUCCAUACAGGAGAGAGGCCCUAUCAGUGCAAGGAGUGUGGGAGCGGCUUUAGCUGCAGUUCUGCAUAUAUCAUACAUCAGAGAAUCCACACUGGAGAGAAACCUUAUGAAUGUAAAGACUGUGGAAAAGCUUUCAAUGUUAAUGCAAAAUUAAUUCAACAUCAGCGGAUCCACACUGGAGAGAAACCUUAUGAAUGUACUGAGUGUGGGAAAGGCUUCAGGUGCAGUUCCCAGCUUAGGCAGCAUCAGAGCAUCCACACUGGAGAGAGGCCUUUUCAGUGUAAGGAGUGUGGAAAGGCCUUUAGCAGUAAUGCAAAACUCAUUCAGCAUCAAAGAAUUCACACAGGGGAGAAACCCUAUGAAUGUACUGAAUGUGGAAAAGCCUUUGGUGUCAAAGGGAAAUUAAUCCAGCACCAGAGAAUCCACACGGGUGAGAAACCCUAUGAGUGUAAAGAAUGUGGCAAAACCUUCAGGUGUAACUCCCAGCUUCGGCAGCAUCUGAGAAUCCACACUGGGGAGAAGCCCUAUGAGUGUAAUGUGUGUGGAAAGGCCUUCAACGUUAAUGCGAAAUUAAUGCAGCAUCAGAGGAUUCACACUGGGGAGAAACCCUUUGAAUGUAAUGAGUGCAGGAAAUGCUUUACUUCUAAAAGAAACCUACUUGAUCAUCACCGAAUCCAUACUGGAGAAAAGCCCUACCAAUGUAAGGAAUGUGGGAAAGCGUUUAGUAUCAAUGCCAAACUAACUAGGCAUCAGAGAAUACACACUGGGGAGAAACCUUUCAAAUGUAUGGAAUGUGAGAAAGCAUUCAGCUGUAGUUCUGACUAUAUUGUGCAUCAGAGAAUCCAUACUGGAGAGAAACCCUUUCAGUGUAAGGAGUGUGGAAAAGCCUUCCAUGUUAAUGCUCAUUUAAUUCGGCAUCAAAGAAGCCACACUGGUGAGAAACCCUUCAGAUGUGUGGAGUGUGGCAAAGGCUUCAGCUAUAGUUCUGACUGUAUUAUACAUCAGACGGUUCAUACUUGGAAGAAACCCUAUGUGUGUAAUGUGUGUGGGAAAGCCUUCAGGUUUAGCUUCCAACUUAGUCAGCAUCAGAGCAUUCACAGUGAAGAAAAGUCCUCAUGAAAGGGAUGUAGAAAAUUGUCAGUGUUAACGCUGAACUGGAUCAAGUGUCCUCAGAUUCACCCUGGUGGAAAACCCUGAAAGGGAAAUUAAUAUGGCUGAGUCUUCACAAGGAAACAAAUCUUUUUCAUUUUAUUCAGUUUUAAAUCAAGAAUGAUGACCAGUUUUCAAAUAACAUCCAAAACUAAAUAGUUUGGUUUAUACCAACAACCAAUAGGAAAUAUAAUGAAGGAAAAUAUUCCAUUCCCAACAGCAUCAAGAACAGUCAAUUUUCUGGGUAUAAACUUAUUAUGUAGGACUUCUGUGGAGAACUUGCAGAUCUCCAUUGAGGGCCACAGAAGGGAAGUUAAAUAAAUGGAAGAGAGCAGUACCUUCUUCUUAGAUAGAAAAACUCUUCAACUACUUACCUAAAUUAAUUUAUUGCCCUUUAAUUUUUUACAAGAAGCAUGCAUCAGUUUGUAAAGAGGUGUAACAAUAAAACUUUCCUUAAGGGAAAAA